CCACGAUACAGCAGAGCUCCUCGGUUCACUUGCGGCUCAGUAAAGCUCCGCAAACCGCCUUAGCAACAUCAACCACACCCGGACGAAACGUUUGCAACCCUCAAUAGCCCCUUCACUGAACCAUUACGCAACCGCCUCAACCCCCAAAAUGGCUAAUCCGAACGAGCCACCCCUGGACGAGAUCCAAUGGCGCGCGCCCGAGAUCGCGGCCUCGAUGCAGGGCAUCCACUCCAACAGCGUGCUCUUCUACUUUGCCGAGUCACCAUUCUUCGACCGCCAGUCCAACAACGCCGUCAUCACAAACCAAGCUAUGUUCAACCCGGCACUGCUCAAGAACCUGGCGACGCGUGAGGCCUUCGAGGGCGAGCUUGACAAGAUGAGCGGCCUCGAGUUCCGCGUGCUGCACGCGCCGGCCGACAUGGUUACGGGCACGGGCGUGUGGACGAUCGUCAAGCAGACGAGGCAGAAGAACCUCGAACGGAACAGGAUGGAGACGAGGCCUCUGGCGUAUUAUUUUGUGGUUGGGGAAAACAUCUACCAGGCGCCGACGUUGGGUGACAUUCUUAGCUCGAGAAUUGAGUCCAUUGCCGAGGCGAUGCGGAAGGUCCUACCCGCAACAGAAAGUGUGCGCAAGUGGACACCCUCCCUGGGCCACGUUUACACCCAGCCUACUCCCCCCUCCGCCCUCUCUCGCGCGACCGCUUCCAAGGAUGGCGGCGACACCCCCAUGCCCGAUGGCACCGCUGCGAACGCCAACGCCACGGCCGCCGCGAAGUCUGCCAUUGCAGCUAAGAAAGACUCGACCAAGAACGCUCUCGACCGGCUCGCGGAGGAGUCGUUCCUGAUCCACAUGCGCCACGGCGGCGACUACUUUGACGAGAAUCCUAUCACGGGCCGGCCCGGCGACUUCCACUUCGCGAGCACGGGGCGCAAGGACAAGAUCGCGCCGCCGCCGCCGAAACCGGUACUCAACACGAAGCUGGCGGAGGAGACGAAGAAGGACGGGAAGGAGAGCAAGAGUCCCAAGACGCCUACCGUGCCGAAGCUCAAGAGGAAGAAGAGCAAGGUCGCAACGCCGGGGACCACCCCGGGGCCGUCUUCGUGAGGGAGGGGUCGGAUGUAUGUGAAUAAGAGCCGGCUUAGACCUGGCCUCAUGGCGUUUGAUUUCAAAAUGAUACCCCCUUUUUUUCUUUUACUUAGGAGACCCGUGCGAUAUGCAUUCCUGCCGCUGGUCCUUCACGCUUGAUGAAUGUGUACGCACUUCUACUGGUUGGUUGUGAAUCUUUCGAC